GCUGCCUGCUGGAGCAAGCACUCCUCAUAAGGGCUAUAGACACACCACAGCUGUGCUCUGUGCUUGAAAAGUUGGAGCAAUCAAUUGACCAGAAUCUCCCUUCAAAAGAUGGGAAGUGGAAUUAGUUCAGAGAGCAAGGAGUCAGCCAAAAGGUCAAAAGAACUGGAGAAGAAGCUUCAGGAAGAUGCUGAACGAGAGGCAAGAACUGUUAAGCUGCUGCUGCUAGGAGCAGGCGAAUCUGGGAAAAGUACUAUUGUUAAACAAAUGAAGAUCAUCCAUAAGAAUGGUUACAGUAAACAAGAAUGCAUGGAGUUUAAAGCAGUGAUUUAUAGUAACACCUUGCAGUCCAUCCUAGCCAUUGUGAAAGCUAUGACUACACUUGGAAUUGAUUAUGUCAAUCCCAGAAGUCCAGAAGACCAACAACAGCUUCAGUCAAUGGCAAACACACUAGAAGAUGGUGACAUGACACGUGAGCUGGCUGAAAUAAUUAAACGGCUGUGGGGAGAUCCAGGAAUCCAAGCCUGCUUUGAAAGGGCAUCCGAAUACCAGCUCAAUGACUCAGCAGCUUACUACCUUAAUGACUUGGAUAGAAUCACGGCCCCUGGGUACGUGCCAAAUGAGCAAGACGUCCUACAUUCCCGUGUGAAGACGACUGGUAUCAUUGAAACUCAGUUCUCCUUUAAAGACUUGAACUUCAGGAUGUUUGAUGUAGGUGGCCAGAGAUCAGAGAGAAAGAAAUGGAUCCACUGCUUUGAAGGAGUGACGUGCAUUAUAUUCUGUGCAGCGCUUAGUGCCUACGACAUGGUGCUUGUAGAAGAUGAAGAGGUGAACAGGAUGCACGAAAGCCUUCACCUGUUCAACAGCAUCUGCAAUCACAAGUAUUUUGCAACCACCUCCAUUGUUCUGUUUCUUAACAAGAAAGAUCUCUUCCAAGAAAAGGUGACCAAAGUGCACCUCAGCAUCUGCUUUCCAGAAUACACUGGGCCAAAUACAUUUGAAGACGCAGGGAACUACAUCAAGAACCAGUUUCUGGACCUGAAUUUAAAAAAAGAAGACAAGGAAAUCUACUCUCACAUGACCUGUGCUACUGAUACACAGAACGUCAAAUUCGUCUUUGAUGCAGUGACGGAUAUAAUAAUAAAAGAGAAUCUCAAAGACUGUGGGCUCUUCUGAGCAAGCUGCUUCCACUUGUGAUGAUUAUGGUCUUUUUAGGACAUAAAAGGUACUGUGUGGUUAGCUUGGAUAGAGACUACCUUAUCUAGAAGUGUAACUAGCAGUAUAAAACAAAACACACACACUUAAAAAAAAAGUUAUUGGAUUGUCACCUAUUUCUGGAUAAGGUUUUCUUUUCUGGGAGAAUGCAGAGAAGAGUUUCUGGUGUUCUAUAUCUAGACUCUGAUGUGGCUUGGUAAUUUUCAAAAUAUACAUUCAGGUUACUAAAUUUUCUUGGAAAUGAGCUACGAGUAAACAAUCUUUAAUCACAGAAUAAAUUAUAGAAUAUUUACGAUGGAUAGAUUUUGAAAACCAUUUAAAGCCAUGUCUGUACUACAAAAACUGUAAAAAUUGAAUCACGGCAUUUUGGGUCACCUGCCUUUCAAUUAGACUGCCAUAAAGCACACACAGUAUACGCUUGUGCUGAUGGGAAAUUGUAUAUGUGAAAUAAAUAUAUACAACAUUUCUGAGUGGCAUGAAAUGUAAUAAGUAAUAACCUAGAGUUUGCUUAAU